UGACGGUCAUGAGGGUUUUCUGCCCCUCUCUGCUCUCCAGCACACUGAGCAGUGAAAUAGCAGAGGUCCGAGGAGCCAGUCUUUUUGAGAAGCCAUCCCAACCAGAGGAACUGUUCCCUGCAAUCUAAUUAUCCAAUUUGCUGGAUGCUGUGCAAUCAUACAGACGGGAUGCCUCGUGGAGACUUCAACAUUUAUUUUGCCAACAGCAGACGAGGAUAUGUCAGAGCUGAGGAGGCAGUGGGCAUAGUUCUGCUGGUGGUCAUCCUGGCAGCUCUCCUCAUCAUGGGCUGCUGGUACUUCAAGAAGAGGAGUGGCUACAAAAUGAUCAGGAACCCUAGAUCGGGGUCAGCCGGUUACACAGGAGGCCAGUACUCAGAGGCAGGACCUUCAGCAGAAAAUAAGAUGGCUCUAACUGACUUUGGCAGCUUCAGACCUGCGGUUCCUAAUGCUCCCCCAGCCUACGAAAAGAUUUCCUCAGGGCCACUGCCCCCUCCCUAUUCCCCCUAAAGGACUUCCGUUGAAGAUGGACGGAUGUCUGAAAAAGAAAGGAAAACACUGAAGAACAAACACUUUACUUCAUCUGUUGUUUUAUGAUAUAUAAUCUGUCUGUCAAUAUGCAUUGUAGCUAAAUAUACCAACAGGUCCAAGUAUUGUAUCCCUCACUUUGUAAAAUUAUCCAAAUGAACAAUUAAAUGUAUAUAAUGUAGGUUGUUUCAAC